AUGCAGCACUCCAACCCGAUGCGAAUUGUCUUUCGAUUUCCCGUGACAUAUGAGCUGGAAGAAGAAGCCAUCGUGAUGAGGUUUUUCACUCUAUUUGGCCGAGACCCUCAUGAUGAUUGCUUUUCCCAUCUCAUGGCUCCCAGCGAAUCAUCCACCAAGAUGCAUAUCAUCCUUGAUAUGUAUUGUAAGACAUUCCCUGAGGUCAACCUCGAUACUAUGGAGUAUGAGGUUUUCAAGGUGAAGAAAAAUAACGAGUUGUAUGAAACCAUUUCCUUAAGUAGCGUCAGCUAA